UUAAAAUAUUUGAAAAUAAUGGACCAUAGCUCGAAGAAGCCUCCAUAUAGUCUUUCAGAAGCCAUUUCAGAUUCAUUGGUCAGUUUCCUGCCUUCUAGUCUGACCUGACUGGUUGAGUACUCGAUGAGCAUCCUGAAUCUAGCUUUUGUAGGUAUGCUAGGUGAUGUUUUACUGCUUUCAGGGCUAGGGCUUGGCUCUGUUACAGUCAAUAUAUGAAUAUUUUCCAUUGAUUUUUGAGGGGGACUUGACACUCUUGUUUCCCAAGCCUUUGGCAGACGAAAUUACACCCUUUGAAGUGUGUAUUACAGGACUUCGAUGAUAGUUGCAAUCAUCUUCUUCAUUCCGCAAAUGCUGAUCUGUAUUAAUUAUAAAGCUAUUUUCCAAAUUCUUGGACAGCCUGAAGAGUCAGCUGAGAUCGCCGGGAUUUAUAUCAUUUAUAUCUUGCCAGGAUGUUUAGUAUUCAAGCUCUUCGACUGAACAAGGCGACAUCUUUCUGCAUGUGGGGUUUACAGCCCUUCUUUGUUUAUUACUAUCAUCACAAUGGUUAUUCAUUUAGUAAAUUUGUACCUGUUUGUUUAUUUAUUAGGUUAUAGGAUGAAAGCUGUGGCGAUUAUCACAGAUAUUACCUUCCUCCUUAAUUUCGUUCUUCUUAGUGCGAACACUAGCAGAGCGAGGAUCCAAUGGAUUAGCUGAUUCGACUUAGCUCCCUUUUAAAAAGAUCUAUGAGUAUCUUUAUUAUGGAAUUCCCUCUUGAUUCAUGUUGCUUAUAGAAUGGUGGGUUUAUGAAAUGCUGAUUAUCUUUUCAGGAUGGCUCGGAGUAGCAGAAUUAGCUACAUCAAUUGUAGUUUUAAAUCUGUAUAAUACGAUCUAUUCCUUCUCUCUUGGACUUCAAUACGCAGCUAUAUGAUUGAUAGGAAACUCUAUUGGAGAAGGGGAUUUGUUGAAAGCCCAAACAUCAAUUUUGGCUCUCUUCAUCUGAUCCUUUAUGACUAUUGUUAUGAUUGUAGCCACGUGUAUGAUCUUUAAAGAAAAUAUAAUUUUGCUAUUUACUGAUGACCAAAGAAUUGUUGAAAAUUUUUGCAAAGUUUUCACAAUGUUUCUGAUCUGAAGUGGUAUCCAAAUGGUGCAAGGCACCUCUAUAGGAAUUAUCAAGGCAGCAGGAUACCAAAUAAAGGCUACCUUGGUAAACCUCUUCAUUCUCUGGGGAAUUAAGAUUCCUCUAGUGUAUUAUUUUACAUUUGUACAGUCCAAGUCUUACUUUGGAAUCUGGGAAGGUACAGCUCUAGGAAAUAUCAUCCUAAUGGGCUGCUAUUUUAUGCUAAUACUCGGAGUUCCUUGGAGAGAACUGAUUGAAGCUAACUACCUCCAACUCAACAGGAGAUUAGAACUUUCUGAGAAUUUAUUGUAAAAUUUAUGU